AUGGUCACCAGUAUUUUCCAGUAGUUUCUCGGGCGUUACCUCUUCCCAGCUUCAGCAAGAGCACAAGAGAUGCCAUUCGAAAAGCAAAACAAACGUAAUUGAGUGGUCUCUCCAAUGGCGCCCUCUCUGCCUUGUUUAUAGCGUCUUCGUUUACCACCCUUGCGCGCGCGUGCCGCUGUCGUCAACCAAUUCCUGUCUGGAGUGUCUGACCGCCGGUGGGCGAGUGGGGUGUGUCUGCAAGCGGAGAGAGCGUGCGAUUCAGACUCCUUGUACACAACACGACUCGAGUGAGAAUAAAAUGCUGCAAAAUCUGAAAUUGACACGACUCAGAGUCUAGCAGCAAUCUGACACUUUUUUCUUCGCCAGUUCGGGGAGAGACUGCCUGGAACCAUGAAGAAAUCGAGCCCGGCAAAGCAACAACCACCACCACCACCACCUCCGGCUGAAGUCACAGUGCCAGAUAACGAGGUUACUGUGCAACAACUGAACGAGCUGUUGUCAAACAGCAGCGGAUUUUACAGUUUACCAACACAGCAUUUCAACGAGGUCUUCCCUAGAAUAUACGUUGGUAACGCGUUUGUGGGCCAGAAUCUGAUGCGUCUGCAGAAGCUGGGCGUGACCCACAUCCUGAACGCGGCGGAGGGCAACUCCUUCAUGCACGUCAACACCAACGCAGAGUUCUAUGCUGGCUCGGGCAUCACCUACCACGGCAUCCAGGCCAACGACAAGCCUCAGUUCAACCUCAGUACAUUUUUUGAGGAGGGGGCAGACUUCAUCGAGAAGGCUCUGGCACACAACAAUGGCAAAGGGAAGGUGUACGUCCACUGCCGAGAGGGCUACAGCCGCUCGCCCACCAUUGUCAUCGCUUACCUCAUGCUGCGCCACAACCUGGACGCCCGGGUGGCGGUUGCCACGGUGAGGCUGAAGAGAGAGAUCGGCCCCAAUGACGGCUUUCUGCGCCAGCUGUGCCAACUCAACGAGAAGCUGGCAAAAGAGGGCAAGUUGAAUGGGGUGAUGCCAGUCGUGGCUGCCAGGUUAAAGACAAAGUAAGAGAGCGAGAGAGACCCAAAACCCUCCUAUUCUGCCUUCCAUAGGAGACAACCUGACUCAAUCCACCCUGACCUCCCAAAUGUCUCACACACAUGCACAUACAUGUAACAUGCAUGCACUGUACAUACAUGAUGACAGUCACACAAUAACUCUCUCUCACACAAACUCUCCUAUCUGUCAUGCUUCCGUACUCUUUCUCACCUUCACUCUGUCUCUCGCUCUCUGUCUCUCGCUCUGCUGGUCUCCUUGGGUACAUUUUGUCUAAACCCCAACCUGUUCCGAUAGUGGGGGAAGAAUGUUAGGCAGAGGGGUGGGGGGGUGGAAAAGAGGAUACCUGGGGCAUGCAGGCAUCCAUCUAACCAUGGUUCAGUGCUUUCCAGUUUACUCUGUCACCCAUCUUCUCUCUGUAGAUUCCAUAAGCAUACGUCCCACCGCUGGCACACACAACCCCAAAGUUGUGUGUGAAGUUUUGACUUGACCAAUGAAGCAUUCCUUAGACCAUGUGUUUAAAACACUGAACAUUGCUCUCCGUGUUCCACUUGGAGCUCUGAGGUCGGAAGAGAGUCGGAUGAGUACAAAUAAUAUAUUAUAGCACAAUCAUUAAACAAAAUCCCACUGCCGGGACUGUCGGACUACAAUGAUGUCAUGACACCAACAAAAUGAUCUCUGACCAGUCUGGAAUGUUUUGGGACAUUUAGACUAUUCCUGAUUGGGUGUGACAAUGAAGCACCCUGACAUCACACAAGGAAGUGUCAUGGGUAGUGUUGGGUGGGCUAAUUUGGUGUAUAAAAAAACAAACAUUCCAUAGAGACUGGCUCCCCAAGAUGUCCCCAAGAUGUCACAAACACACACACCCAUCAUGUCUAAGUAGAAGCAAGCAACACACACACACACACACACACACACACACACACACACACAUCAUGUCUAAGUAGAAGCAAGCAGCAACACACACAUCAUGUCUAUGUAGAAGCAAGCAGCAACACACACAUCAUGUCUAUGUAGAAGCAAGCAGCAGCACACUUUCUUUGUGUGCAUUUACAGGGAUGGAACCAAUUUACAAAGGAAAACGCACUUACCAUGCCAGACAGGUACCCACUGCCAAUUCCAAAGUGCACAUCCGUCGUUGUGUCCAUCCCAUAGAUAUACAGCUCCACUGUCAAUCAAUGCCAGAAUUGUCCGUUAUAUGUCAACUGCCUUGAACCAAUAUGUGCAUACUAAUGUUAUGCCAAUUUGGAGGUGAACUCCCAAGGCUUUUCUGUUUUUCUGUAUUAGUACAUUGCAGUAUACUGUAUGUCUCAAUGCCCUGCCAUCCUAUUGAAGUAUAUAUUUAAGCAAUAAGGCACGAGGGGGUGUGGUAUAUGGCCAAUAUACCACGGCUACGGGAUGUUCUUUUGCACAACGCAACCCAGAGUGCCUGGAUAAAGCCCUUAGCCGUGGUAUAUUAGCCAUAUACCGCAAACCCCCUAGGUGCUUUAUUGCUAUUAUAAACUGGUUACAAACGUAAUUAGAUCAGUCAAAAUAAAUGUGGUAUACAGUCUAAUAUACCACGUAUUUCAGCCAAUCAGCAUUCAGGGAUCAAACCACCCAGUUUAUAAUAUAUGAUCACAACCAAGAGAGAAACGUCUCAGAAAUUAUUAUAACCGGUGUUGCACAUGCAGUUGCACAUGAAUUGAAAUGAAUUGUGGAAGGCUCUACAGCUUUCUGAAACUAUUUCUGUCUUUAAAUGACAUUAGAAUCAAUGGCAAGCCCAAAGGCUCCAGGUAAGCCCCCUGGGGGGGGGGGGGGGGGGUACCCCUCAAAUGUCCCUGUUGCAUCCGGAGUUGUCUUUGACUUAACUUCAUGGUCAAGUGUGAGACAGUCACUGGAUCCAGCCCCACUAACAGGGACAGCGAGUCCUAACGAACCAUCAUCACUCCAUUUUGGAAACGAUGUACUAAAGAGGGGUCUAGCAUAGCCACGGUUAGUUCACCCGGUUCUUCCCAUGUGUCAAAUCCGAUAGAGCUCAGUCGCUCAGCAUAGAGGCCUACGGGCUUAUUGGUGCAUCCAUGGGUGGAAUGAAUAGAAGUGGAAAUAGUUAUCUCUCUGUCUGAGAAAAUGAACUCUGAAAACGAGGUUACGUUAUGUCAUACGGCAUCAUCUAUUCCUCAUUUUAUACAUCUAUAUACAUAGAAAUAUUAUACAUGUAUAUACAUAUUUAAGCAUUGACAUAUAUGAAUGUAGAGCAAUGUGUCUAUAAUGUGUAAGUAUCGUUAGUACAUGUGUAUAUCACUGUAGCACUUAUACUGUAGUUCUUAUGUCAACAUUAGAUCACUCAGUCCUCUACUAACUCUUCUACAUUCCUCCUAUAUUCCAAUAUCUGUAUUUAAAGAUGCCUUCAUGCUUUUCCCUCUGCGUUCUGUUGGGGAUAUACAUGGAGAUCAAUGGAGGGAUUGUAGAUCUAUUUUUAUUUGAAUCUAUUGAUUCUGUGACUCAUGCUGAUGACUGAUGGGAUGUUCUCUCUGACUCGGAUGCUCUAUGCUCUGAACCCAACUUAACUUAUCAUUGGCGAAGUCAACGAGGAGGCUGGUGGGAGGAGCACUAUGAGCACGGGCUCAUUGUAAUGGCUGGAAUGGAAUGGUAUCAAACAUAUGGAGAUCCAUGGAUUCCAUUCCAGCCAUUCCAAUGAGCCCGUCCUCCUAUAGCACCAGCCUCCUCUGUCACACUACUAUUUAUAAGCACCAUCAUGAAAACUGCACAAAAUUGCAUUUUUUUCCCCCCCCUAAUUAAUCCAUUUUAAAAACAAAACGAUAUUCCGGAAGGAUCUCUAUAACAUUCCUGUAUGAUCUGGAGACCAACCUAACCCACUGUAGUUACUGAGAACCUUUUUAUGCCGUCAACACAAACGUAUUUCAUAGAUUUCCUGUGCCAAGCAGCCUAUAGUAGCUGUUUAUGACUGGCUUUGUUUUCUCUGUCGUUCUAUCAGGCCAAUAUACCAUGAGGCUGUUUUCCUACUGACCAACAAUAGACAACAAGACACUGUUGGAGACAUUU